AUGGGUUUCCUAGGCAUUGUCGAAGUUCCUGUUGCUCACCUUCUCUUCGUUGAGGGAAGUGGACAACGGCUGCGUAACGAUGAUCAUCGACACCGCUUCGCAGACCUUCAAGAUACGGACAGGGUGCACACCGACAUGAGGCAGCUUAUCGCAGGGUAUAUUGAUGCCUCCGAAACAAACGCGAUUCUUCGGGAUGCUGGCACUUCACCCUUGAAGAUUAAACGGCAGAAUAAAAGGGGCAAAUACCCAUUUAUUGAAAACGCCAUCGUGCGAUACACACAUGGACGACACCUUAUUGCAGCUGCCGUGGCUGUUGACUCGGCAGCACGGUGGGCCGUCAGGCUAUACCAAACAACAAACGGACGCCUUCCAUGGAGCCCAGGGGUGCGAAGAUGCACCAAAAAGUACCAACAUGAACAACAACAGACGGACGGUCAAAUCUACCGCAAAUUAAGGAUGUAUCCAGAUAACGGACCGGACUAUAAUAAGUGGUACAGCCACUUAACAGAACCUAAGAGGAUCGGGAUGGCAGCAAUCGACCAGCGAGUCGAUAUAUCUUUGGAGCUCAACAAGCUCACAUAUAUACCCGCUGUCCUUGAUGAGCUUUACUUGACAAGUAUCCAGAAGUCCUUUGUCUCGCGCUUAGACGAAGAACUUCUUGCUGGCAUCAGGAACCUCUACUCUGAGUGGCUCAGACUUGCACGCGGCAAUAUGAACAUCUUGAAGAAAAUGGACAAGGAAACGGUGAAUGCAUUGGCUGGACGCGCUCCGCGUGUCUGUGACAAAGACCGCCUGUUCAUUGAUGACAUGUUUAGCUCGAGACAAGUCUUUUCAAAGGUGGAUAACCCGGAAGAACGUGAAGCCUUGCGGCUCCGCGUGCAACAAUCAAGCGGCAUCAUACCGAGUCUGUUGUCACUGCAGUCUAAUCUACGAUUUUUAGGUAUUGCAGCCAAUAUUAUAUGGCAAUAUCUUAUACCAAAGAGUCUAAGACUAAAGGCCAAACAGUCUAAGCUCUCGUUGAAGGCCACAUUGCGCGGAUGCUGGACUUCAACUGUGCCCUAUAUCGAGAUUCGCGAAGGAGAAUUUGUAUCAGCAACUGGGCCUCCUAACUUCGAUCUUGUCUAUAUACAAUUGUUUCUCGCAGCAAUCCGUCAUUUUCCGUAUCUUAGCUGCUUCCAACCGAAGAUGGGGAGAGGAGAAACGCUACAAUUCACACACGAUCCACAUCACGCAGGCCUUUUUGUUCGGCGCGCCAAGUUCCUUGGUGUACAGACGGCCACCAUAGAUGAGAACAUCAAGGAUUUCUUCCCCGACGGAAAUUAUACGCAGCAAUUACAGUUCCGAAACCUACCUGACGAGUCAGAAGUUCUGUCUCGGCUUGGGAAUCGUUGGGGUAGGCCCUCUGCGAGUAUCUACUGGAGGAUCCGACAGGAAGGCUUCCUUCCUACUAUAGUGGCUCACACAGCAGAAUCACGACUCAGCGCGAUAUUCGUACUGCGGAGCACAUUGAGGUCCUGUUUCAACUUGCCGUCAUUCAACAUUGAUUUUGCACAGGGUAUUUGUUCCCUCACCGCGCGGCCAAAGCGGGCUCGCUACCGCCAGCUGGAGACAAUCACGGAAGAGGAUGAGCUUGAUAUGGCUGCUAAUUCCCGAUUAGGCAAGAGAAUCAGGUCGGAUGUUCCUAUCCCGGUUGCCGAUUCUCGGUCAACUGCAAGGAGCGGCUCAGACACCUCUAUGCCAGAUGCCAGUCCUCUGUUGGGAUGCAAGAAGCUCGUCCGACGUCUUCCUCUAUGGGAUGCAAGAAGCUCGUCCGACGUCUCUAUGCCAGAUGCCAGUCCUCUAUGGGAUGCAAGAAGCUCGUCCGACAUAUCUAUGCCAGAUGCCAGUCCUCUCUCUCCGGACCGGCAAAGCAUUAUGGCGGCCACUGAUCCACCACGAUUCGGCCGAGAUAUACAGCUGGCGCAGCCAAACUGGCACCGGGAGAGGGGAAUUUACGGGGUCGAUGAUACUCUGCCCACAGCUACGAUGCUUGAAUACACUGUUCCACACUCGCACUGCGUCCCACGCCGCGUAUCUAAGCGCCGAAUUGCCACUAUACCGCACCAAUGA